GUCCUUGCACCAAGUAGUUCCGCAGGCGAAAUGACCCCUCCCCUCACACGCGUGCCAGGAUACUUAUUGUGAAGUGUAAGCCUGGCACUUGUGGCUUCUGUCUUCUCCUGCUUGCCCUCCUGCGUUCUCGAGAACCACUAUUGGAUUUCCUGUCAUACCCUAUAAGCCCGGCCAGAAACUUCUAUUAAACAUGGCUUCAGUCCAAGUCCCCUCACGGCACAAGGCCGUUGUAUACGAUAACCCUGGCAGCAUCUCCACUAAGGUUGAAGAGGUUGACACACCCAAGCCUGGCGUCGGCGAGGUCUUGAUUAACUUGACACACUCGGGUGUCUGCCACAGCGACAUGGGCGUCAUGGCCAAUUCAUGGGCUUGGCUCCCUGCACCAACACAGAAGGGCCAGAUCGGCGGCCAUGAAGGAGUUGGAUCGGUCGCUGCUUUCGGUCCAGGUGCUGAGAGCUCUGGGCUGAAGAUUGGCGAUCGAGUCGGCAUCAAAUGGCUUUCCUCUGCCUGCGGGAACUGUCAACCUUGUCUUCUCGGUGCUGAUGCAUGUUGUACUUCUGCCAAAAUUAGUGGAUACUACACGCCUGGAACGUUCCAACAAUAUGCACUUGCUCCGGCUCAUUAUGUUACACCUAUCCCUGAUAGUCUACCAAGUGAUGCAGCAGCUCCCAUGCUCUGCGGAGGCGUUACCGUUUACAGCGCUCUGUGCAAAUCUGGAGCAAGGCCCGGCGACUGGGUCGUUAUCCCGGGGGCAGGAGGUGGAUUGGGACACCUAGCACUCCAGAUUGGAGCUCGAGGGAUGGGUUUCCGCAUGAUCGGCAUUGACAUGGGCGAGAAGGAGAGGCUCGCGAAAGAUUGCGGUGCUGAGGUCUUCAUUGACCUUGGCAAAUACUCCAGAGACGAAGAUGGGACCAAGAAAUUGGCCGAGGACGUCAAAGCCGCGACAGGAGGUGUCGGAGCUGCGGCUGUUGUGGUUUGCACAGCAAGUAAUGCUGCUUACGCUCAAGGAUUGAGCUUUCUCAAGUUCAGAGGUACUCUCGUUUGUGUUGGUGUUCCCGAAGGAAAGGCGGUCCCGAUCGCCACCGCAGAUCCUGCCACAAUGCUGGUAUCAGAGCUACGAAUCGUGGGCAGUGCGGUCGGGAAUCGAAAGGACGCCAUUGAUACAUUGGACAUGGCAGCUAGGGGCAUCGUUAAGACUCAUUUCGAGACUCAACCUAUGAAUAAAUUGACGGAGGUAUUUGAGCGAAUGGACAAAGGCAAGCUGCAGGGAAGAGUGGUUCUUGAUUUGAGCGGAUAGCUAAGACUAGAACCUGUAACGCAAAGACAAACCGAAGGCAUGGGAAGCUUCUCGUCAGCUGGAAUCCGUAGGGGCCAAUUUCUCGUAUCUUCGUCCCGCAAAUUGCGAUAUCUCUCAACGAGGCUGUGGUGCCUAC